AUGGGAAGGAAAAAGAUAGAAAUCAAACGGAUCGACGAUGAGCGCAAUCGUCAAGUGACGUUCACGAAAAGAAAGUUGGGUCUCAUGAAGAAAGCUUACGAAUUGAGCGUACUCUGUGACUGUGAGAUCGCUCUCAUCAUAUUCAACAGUGCCAAGCGUUUAUUUCAAUACGCCAGCUCCGACAUUAAUCAUGUCCUUCUUCGUUACACAGAUUAUACUGAACCACAUGAGUCGAAAAACAACAAGGAUAUCAUAGAGAUGCUGAACAAACGGGAUAACAAAUCCUAUAGCCUGCCCAUUAAUUCUACGGGCUUAUCGGACACCAGUGGGAGUUCACCAACAGCACCGACUCUCGACUACCACCAGAAGACUCCCAGUGCUGCAGUGGCUGCUGUUGCGAAUGUUUUCGCUUACCGCACGGGGGCAGCCUCCUCGGGCCAUGGUUCGGAUGCUUUGGACGGUCUUCUGCGUCCGCCCAUAGUGGCCACCGGCAAUGGUACUACCCUUUCAACCGUUGGAAGUGGCGGCGAUGGGGGCGGUGGUCUGGUGGAGGAAGAGGAAAAUGAUGAAGAGGACUGUCUAGCACCUUCGCAGCCCUCCGACCUACCCAACGACUACUCUGUUGUGGACUCGGGAUCAGGAGCGCUUCCUUUCGGUCAAUUUGGUCAGCCACAGCAGGAGGGACCCUCGGGCUACGUGCCUGGCACAAAAAUGUUCGUGCUGCCUCCGCCCAACCAACAUCACACUCGACUGCCGGACCUCGUGGCUCCGCCCGAGGUUUGUCUGAUGAAGUCACAAGACGAGGUAGGACUGGGUGAGGAGAUCAAAGACAUUGUCAAUUGCUCGGACAAGAAUCCAGAUGGCCAGCAGGCCAGUGCUGGAGGCAGGGAGAUUGAUAGAUUGAGCGAACACGCAGGAACCCCUUUAAUGGUCAGGCCUGCGUCAGCUCUUGCCAUUACUGAUGGCCACUUCGUGGAUUCAGAUUUCGAUCCCCGUUCGUACCUGUGUAGUCGUUCGAGUCUUCUAAAGGCGCCUGCAGCAAAGCAUUGCCCCAACCCCAACCUAGCGACUCCCUUCGCUGCGCAGGAGUCUUCACGUUGUGCUUCUGCCGCUGGGGGCUACGCGAACAGUCCUUUCAGUAACUCUCACACUAGACAUGCCUCGGGUUCCGCCGCCUACCUUCGUGGCAAUCUAAUGGUGGUGCCGUCUGGCAAUGGGGUCGGCAGCGGUAGCAGCGGUGGUGGUAGUGGCGGUAGUGGAGGGGGUGGCUCCUACCUUUCCGACUCCGACCUCCAACAGACCUCUCAUCACAUUGCCUCGGUCUCCUCCUCUCCGGGUCUGUGCAUUAAAUCGAUCAGCCCUACCACCUCCGCUCACGACCUGCUGUUUGCUCACUCGAGGCCGCAGCACCAGAUGAUACCCCAUCCCCAGCCGCCCCCACCUCCCCCCAAUCUCCUUUUUUGCCCUACGAGUAGCACAAGCAACGACUUCUUUUCUUCAAUGAGCUCAGAUCCCGACGGACCGCUGCAGCUGCGUAAAUCUCCGACGGUGAAUUAUUCGGCCGGUGGUGAGGGGGUGAAUGCGACGCCAUGGGACAGUGGAAGUCUGCCGGAUCAGCACUCGGCUGGGGGUAGUGUCCUGGCUCCAGUGAUGGAUGACUACUCGCAGCCUCCACAGCACACACCGUCGUCCAUGUAUUUCUCCAUGAGAAACACUGUCGGAGAUACCAGUGGUAGUAGCGAUGUUAAUUCUGUACAGGCCUGUGGUGGAAGAGCUGGCGAAUCCUUUCAAUCGCGACCGGGUGUUCCACGACGAUGCGUUCCCGGUGUGAUGCCAGCUGGCUGUUUUCCCCCACGGACUGGUCUUCCCUCAGCCGAAAACUUUAACACCUUUGUUACAAUUGACUCCGUAAAUUCAAUUACCGGCAGCCUCCCCUCCACUUCCCCCUCACUCCCCGUCCCGCUGAAGCGCUUUCGACGACACUAA